GCCCGGCGCGGCCGGUCCGGGGCCGGGGCCAUGGCGCUGGAACGGGCGCUGCAGGCGGCGCGGCAGGGAGACGUGGAGGCGCUGCGGGGGCUGCGGGCGGCGGGGCUGCUCCGGCCGGGGCUGCGGGACGCGCUCGGAGCCUCUCCCGCUCAUCACGCCGCCCGCGCCGGCCGCCUCGCCUGUCUCCGGUACCUGGCGGCCGAGGCCGCCCUCCGCGGCGACGCGCGGGCUCGCAACGGGGCCACGCCGGCCCACGACGCCGCCGCCACCGGCAACCUCGCCUGUCUCCAGUGGCUGCUCACGCAGGGGGGCUGCGGCGUGCAGGACGCAGACAACUCCGGUGCCACUAUCCUACAUCUCGCAGCCCGAUUCGGUCACCACGAGGUGAUCGAGUGGCUCCUCCGCUUCGGAGGCAGCGACCCCACGGCAGCCACAGACACGGGAGCGCUGCCGGUCCACUACGCUGCGGCCAAAGGGGAUUUCGCUUCCCUGCGACUUCUCUUAGGACACUGCCCAAGCACGCUCAGUGCCCAGACCAAGACCGGUGCCACCCCUCUGUACCUCGCCUGCCAGGAGGGCCACCUCGAGAUCAUCCAAUACUUGGUGAAGGACUGCGGGGCCGACCCCCACGUACGCGCCAAUGACGGCAUGACCCCACUGCACGCUGCGGCCCAGAUGGGCCACAACACCGUCAUCGUCUGGCUGAUGAGCUUCACGACGGUGAGCCUGUCAGAGCGGGACGAUGAUGGAGCCACAGCCAUGCACUUUGCUGCCAGCCGCGGCCACGCCAAGGUGCUGAGCUGGCUGCUGCUGCAUGGAGGUGAGAUCACGGCGGAUGGAUGGGGCGGCACACCACUGCACGACGCUGCUGAGAACGGCGAGCUGGAGUGCUGCCAGAUCCUGGUGGUGAACGGCGCUGACCUCAGCAUCCGCGACCAGGAUGGCUACACAGCGGCCGACCUCGCCGACUACAACGGCCACGUUCACUGCGCCAAGUACCUGCGCACCGUGGAGAACAUGAGUGUGGAGCACCGCGUGCUGUCGCGAGACCCCUCAGCAGAUGGGGAGUGCCGUCAGCCUGACUCGGGCAUGUCAUCGCCCAACACCACGGCAUCGGCACCCCAGGCGCGCUUUGAGGUUGGCUCUCCUGCCAGCACCCUCUCCAACUAUGACUCCUGCAACUCCAGCCAGUCCAGCACUGGGGAGAAGAGGGGUGGCCCCCACGCAGCCCCUGCAGCCCGGGUCCCUGAGCCAGCACUCACGGACAUGCAGGCUUACAUGGACAUGCUGAACCCCGAGACGCGGCCACAGGGCAGAGGGUUGGCGAGCGAGGGCUCCCCACCGCCACCCCCCAGCUUCCCCCCACCGCCACCCCCUCCUGCCACCCGCCCUCCCCCCCCACCCCCAGCCUACCCUGCGCCCGCACCACCCGCUGCCCCCGACACCGCCGACAUCUACGUGCGGGCCAAGAACAACCUGCGGCACGUGGAGAGCCAGGCACUGCGCAGAGAGCUGGUGUCACGCGAGGGCAGCCCCGAGGGCCUGCGCCGGGCCGACUCCACGCGGCGGUCGCGGAACUUCAGCAAGCAGCCGAGCACAGGUGACUACUACAAGCACCUGGGGCCCAGCGCGGCAGAGCUGCCCGGCCCACGCAGGAUGGCACACAGCGAGGAGAGCUCCGUGCUGCCCGCGGACACCAUGCACAAUGGGGGCCCGGCAGACAGCAAGCCCGGCACUGAGCUGCCACCUCCACCGCCACCUCCGCCACUGCCCGAUGCCGCCUGCCCACCACCCCCACCGCCUCCGCCACCCGCCGGGCCCCGCCGCUCCUCCUCCUCCACGGGAAAAGGAAAGGCUUUGAGACAGAUGAAGAGCACCAAGUCGUUCAACAUGAUGUCCCCCACUGGCGACAACUCGGAGCUCCUGGCUGAAAUCAAGGCUGGGAAGAGCCUGAAGCCGACGCCGCAGAGCAAAGGUUUCACCACCGUCUUCUCCGGCAGUGGCCAGGCAGGGGCCAAUGCUGACUCGCCAGCAUCCUCCCCAUCACCCACCAGGACCCCCACCCCACCAGCCACCCCUGAGGCCGGGGGGCCACCGCGCUGUGUGGCGGGGGGCUCGCCAGAGCCAGUGCUUAAUGGGAGCUCGCCAGUGCCAGGGCCAGGGGCUGUGGCCCCCCCAGAUGUGGAGGCUCUGGUGCCAAGCCACGAUGAGCAGGGCCGGCCCAUCCCCGAGUGGAAGCGGCAGGUGAUGGUGCGCAAACUGCAGCUCCGCAUGCAGGAGGAAGAGGAGCAGCGGCGCAAGCUGGAGCCUGGGAGCGUCUCGUCCUCCCCGUGCUGGCACUACUCCGCUGCCCAUGGGGGCAUUCUGGGACCCUUUGGGCAGCUCAUGACGGAGGAGGACAUUCUCCGCAUUGAGAGGCAAAUCGAAAACCUACAGGUGAUGCAUAAGGUGCAGACAGUGGAGACAGAGCUGGAGCAGCUGGAGGAGGAGCUGCAGCAGCUCCUGCCGCUCUCGGCCGCUCUGGCCCCCGAGCGCUUUUCCCUCGACCCCCGGCGCCUGCAGGGCCGUGCUGAGGACCUGCCUGCCUGGUGCAGCAAGACUUCUGCACUGCUGAGGAGCAUGGCCAUGCUGCUGGCUGCGCUGGGGGGCCGUGAGAGCCCUGGAGCAGGGGGAGCAGUGAGCAGCGCCGUGCCGCAGCAGUCCCCCCCUGCUGCUGCCAGCACCCAGCAGGAUGCCCGGCACGAGAUCCUGCGCUGUGGUGUCUCGGUGCGUAGCCUGAAGGCCAACUAUGAGGGGCUGGUGGGAGCCCCCGUGCCCCGCGCCAGGGUCACCAAGAGGAAGCGAUCUUUGCCUGCUGGAGCACUGAUGGACAGCUGCACCCGUGAGCCUGUCCUGGAGGAGGACUACGGGGAUGAGGAUGUGGAUGGCAUGCUGCGACGGAGCCGCCCGGUGCAGACGGAGCUGAGCUGCCUGCAGGAACGCAUUGAUGCGCACAAGGAGCGCGCUGUCUCCCUCUUCAUGGAGCACUGGAAGAAAUGGGCGCUGGUGGAGGCACCGGGCUCACGUACCCAUGGGGACGAGCGGCUGCGGCGGCUCUGGAAGCAGCGUCAGGCAGUGGCGAGGCUGCUGGCACGCUGGAGGAGCGUGGCCCACCGUGUGCCAGGGCGGCAGAUCCAGCGGCUGAGCCGUGCCGAUGUGCUCUACUGGCCCGAGCACUUCUUGCCCCAUGUGCGAGGCUCACCCAUGCCCUACGACAGCCUCUCGCUUGACCUCUUCAUGCUGGGCUACUUCCAGCUGCUGGAGAUGAACCUCAGCCCUGAGGAGCGGCGAUUCCGGCACCUGCUGUGCUAUGAGAUGUUCGACCGCCUGAGCACCCACAGCUGGGAGUGCAUCCGACGCUUCCACCGCGUCGCACUGGAGCGGAUCGAGGCUGGUCAGCGCUGCUGGCUCGAUGGCUUUGAGGAUCUCAAGCAGGAGUUCUUUGGGGACAGCCCCUCCAGCACAGCGGCAGCAGUGGGAUCGAGCCCCGCGCCCCCCUGCCCAGCAGCCACAGCCUGGGGCACGCAGGAGCCAGCCCAGCUGGUCUCGGAGCUGGGAGAGUUCAGCGAUGAAGACAUCUGCCGCUACAUCGACCGCAGCUUCUCCUUCUGGAAGGAGAAGGAGGCAGAGAUGUUCGAUAUCUGAGCCGGGCAGGGCCAUGGUGGAGGCGUGGGGCUGCUGAGCACAGAGCUGGGUUUGCAGCUGGGUGCAGGCAGCAGUGCGACCAGUGCAUGGCAUGGCUCAGCUGCCCUGCUGCUCUCAUAGUGGCAGGGCUGCUGGUCGGCUCUGAGGACCGUGGGGUUUGGCCUUGUGCCGUGAUGUCCCAGGUGCCCAGACCUCUCGAGGGUCUCGUGGCUGGCUGUGUGUUGAGGUUGCUGUGUGCCGAUUGCUGUGUCUGUGUGUUGUGCUCGGGGCGCUGCUCCCCUUUGGUGUGAUGUUUGCAGUGCCAGGGCAGUGUGGGCCCCCACGUGUCUGUGCAAUAAAGCUGUGUGUGCUGCGAA